AUGAAAUAUACAACAUACUUCAUAUCAAUCUUUAUUCUGGUCUGUCUGGAUUAUCUUUCGGUAUUGGGAUUUGUUAGUGCGAUUCCUGUUUCCCGCUCUACAAACACUGGCUUUGAUAGUCAAUCACCAGAUGUUGCAGAUAGACUCUGCAGUAACAUCCCACGAUCAGACUGUGUGAAAUCGCCCUCCCCCGACAAGCUUAAUAUCGAUGCCUCCAGGAAGAGAGACAGUCCAAUAGACCCGCUGGCAGCUGCAAUCAAGACUCGUUUGUACGCUCAACCACUCGAUCAUACGGAUAAGGCCAAAGGGUUCUUUAUGCAGAGGUAUUAUGUGAAUGACACUUUUUAUAAACCAGGCGGGCCUAUAUUUUUGCACACUCAAGGCGAAUCAGCAAUACGCACCGACAUAGUCACCGAUAGCAGCGUCAGCGAGCUAGCCGCUAGCUUCAAUGGACUGCUUAUCAGCCUCGAACACCGUUAUUACGGCAACUCAUACCCUCUUUACUUUCGCUGGACUUCAUCCACAAUGAAGUAUCUCACUACCGACCAAGCGCUUGCCGAUUUUGCCAAUUUCAUCAGCAACCCACCGUUGCUGUACCAAAUCCCCAAGAACGCAACGUGGAUAUUUGUUGGAGGUUCCUAUGCCGGAAAUUUGGCUGCGUGGAUGAGACAAAAGUACCCUAAUCUAGUUGCGGCUGCUUAUGCAUCCUCUGCUCCGCUAAAAGCCAAACUGGAUUUCUUUGAAUAUGAUCAAGUCAUCGCUCAAAGACUACCUUGUAGUAGUAACCUAGCGGACGCAAUAAAGUACAUCGAUAGCAUAUUGUUUUCCGGUGAUAGGACAAAAAUAAACAACUUGAAGAAUCUGUUUGGAAUGUCCGCACUAUCAAACGACGGUGACUUUGCGUCAGCCUUGACCACCCUUCCAUCAGACAUUGUCCAAUCCUACAUGCCACCGUCAGAUCCCAGUCAAUUCGAUGAGAUACCCACAUUCUGUUCAGUGUUUAACAAUAGCCCGGAUAAAUCGCCCAAAGCGAUGGCAAUAGCGUUUGCUAACGCAACUCGAAUAUCGAUGCAGGUUAAGGGGCUUACCACGGACGACGCCAUUGCGAACAGAUGGGCCACCGAGGACUAUUAUCGUACCGAUCGUCUUGACGAUAAUUUGGCCUGGUUGUGGCAAUACUGUAACGAAUAUGGGUAUUAUCAGAACGCACCUCAACCGCCGUCAGUUACUCUUCGUUCCCUCUUUGUCAACACCACGUAUUACCAAUUCCAAUGCAACUUUGUGUGGCCCGAUAUCCCGCCUCCACGUGUCGAUGCUACAAACGCCAAGUACGGUGGUAAUGAUGUUUUCAUAGCAAACACUGUAUUUACCGUCGGUGAAUUUGACCCGUGGCGUCCGUUAUCGAUCGCCGCUACCAACCGAGCGAGUUCGGCUGAUAUGGUGAUCCUGGAAAUCAAGGGCGGGUCGCAUACGAAUGACUUGAAAGCUGGGCAAAAGUCCGAUUCAGAGUCGUUGCUUGGUGUCAGAAAGGCUGUCAAAGACACUAUCGCCGGUUGGUUGGGAAAAACGUGUGGAAACGUUAAUGGAUUUUACAAGUGUGUAUGA